GUGUCUACCUAUUCUGCCAGCUACUUCUCCUACCUUCUAUGCCUUUCACCUGCUUUCUUCAUCCUUCCACGCUCGUGCAAAUCAUGGUUCGCGUGGCUGACGAAACAGCAUACGUGCUAUAUCGUUGCCUGCCAGCUUGCCUGUCGGCCGGGGUGGUCGUCCUACGUGGUAAGUGUGUAUAAGAGUGUGCCUCUCCGGUUCUUCAAACCUCUCAUUUUCUCUCCCAUCCACAUCACAAUCGUCAUGCCUUCAGUCCACUACUACAACCAGACUGGUCCCUUUUGGGACUUUGUCGCCAAUCUUGAGCAACAAGGCGCCAGCCGUGGUGCCGAAGCAUCCGACAACGAGAACGAGCAUGAACAUGAGAGAUCAAAUCCAUGGCUUCAAGACUGGGUAGGCUUCCCUUGGGGGCCUAUGGCUCACCAUGGCAGACACCAACGCGGACCACCACCACCACACCACCAUCACCACGGUCAUCCCUCUCCACCAAGUCCGCCCGCUCCACCAGCAGAAGGUGAGGCUGGAUCAUCUGAAACCAAGGAUCCCACGCAGCCCUUCUCCGAUUCUGAGAGCGAAAGCCAAGCACAUCACGGACGACACAAUCACGACCACCAUGGUGCAGGCGCACGAGGCGGUCGAUGCGGAGGCGGCCGUGGUCAUGGCCGACCACGAGGAUUUAGCGGUCGCGGCGGCCGACGAGGAACCCACGGUGGCACGUUCGGUCCCUUUGGUCCAAUAGCCGGAAUCUUCCAUGAGCAACUCUUCGGCAAUGACAACAAGAAAGAGAACAAAGCCGCCAAAUCCGGAGACUUCACCCCGGAAGUUGACGUCUUCGACACCACCGACUCCUUUGUCAUCCACACUAGUCUUCCCGGAGCCAAAAAGGAAGACGUCGCAGUCAACUGGGACGCCGAGAAAUCCGAGCUCAGCAUCGCGGGAGUCAUGUAUCGCCCCGGCGACGAAGAACUCUUGAAGACUUUGGCUUUAGACGAGAGAAAAGUCGGAGCCUUCGAUCGCAAAGUCCGAUUGGGAAGCAGAGCAAACCCGGCACAGGUGGAUGUCGAUGGUAUCACAGCGAGAUUGGAGGAUGGUGUGUUGAGAGUGGAGGUGCCGAAGUUGGAUGCGGGAUAUGUGGAAAUUAAGAAGGUGGAUAUUGAGUAGGCAAAAAAGGGCUGGCUGGGGUAGUUUGGCUACCUGUAGGGCAAGAUUGAUAAUCAGAAGAGGGGCAUCGGGAAUGAAAGACACAAGAUAAUGAAAAAUUCCAGUAACGAUUUAAUGAACAAUUUUUCC